CAGUCGAUGACAUCAGCGCUGUUGGUGCUUGAUCAUAUCAAUGUAUGAAGAUCUACUAGCCAGCCCGCAUCGUGAUGGAAAACCAAGGCUAUAUCAGAUUACUGUGUUUGGAAUCGACAAUUAUGAUGAAAACCCGCAUACUCGAAGUACUUACUGGCUCUUCCCCUAUGACGUUUUCCUCAGCCCCCACCAGCCGCCCCCCUCACCUGACCUGCGCUUCAUCGCCAAGACCUGCGACAAUCAAGAUUUUUAAUACCAACCAGCCGUACCGCCGCUGAUGCCGCGAUCUCUCUCCCCUUGUCGUUAUUAUUCCUCUUCCUCCUUAACCUCUCUCUCCCUCUGGUUAACUCUCUAAUUUCCCGUUCUCUUAUAUUCCCUUGUAUCUCCUUGUAUCCCUUGUCGUUGGCUAGCCGCUUCUUCCUUCCUGCCCUUCCUUCUUCUGCCCAGGUGGCUUGUUCCAUUCGCCUUCUUCGGCGCUUUACUACCGCCAGCCAUCCCCUCGAAUUACCAUCUAUCGGCAGCCAGGCUCCUUUCCCUCCCACCACUUUUCAGACCUGGGAUCGAUUUUUACCCUGACCUGAUUGUCGUUCCUUUAAACUCCUUCUGGCCUCCCUAUCAUUGACAUCCUCGCUUUGAGUCCUCGCAAAGCCGUCGUGAUUUGCCGCCUAUAUACUUCCCGUCCUUCGACGGGAUAGCCUCCCUCGAGCCACUCCUUAUAACCUAACGGACCUAACCUGACCUGACCUGACCUCCUGUUCAUUAUUUGAAAGACGCUCCGUACAAUCAGCAGCUCCUAGGAGACUGAUUUUGCCCGUCAUGAGUACUAUUCAGAGCCUCAAGAAUUUCAUACGUCAUGGCAAGCAGGCCCGCGUAGCCACACCCCACGCGGAGCCCACCACAAAUGUCUCUACCAUCCACGCAGAACAACAGAAACAGCCUCAAGGCCAAUAUCCUGCUAUCCGCGGUUUGGAUGCUUUGGAUUGCAGAUUACCACCAAAGGAUGCCUCUAAUGCGCCAGGAUCAAAACAAACAGGGACAGCAGCCAAUAAAGGCUCACGAGUGCAUGAGUCGGAAAUCGAGCAGAUAAUCGCGGAGGAGAGACGGAGUAGGUCAAUGAUGCCAAAAUACCCGGGACUGGAGAGAUGGGAGUUAGUCGAGAAAAUGGGCGAUGGUGCUUUCAGUAAUGUAUAUCGAGCCAGAGAUACGACUGGGAAAUUUAAGGAGGUUGCUAUCAAGGUCGUGCGGAAAUUCGAGAUGAACUCCAAACAGGUAUGCAUCCGUCACCUGACACCGGACCAUUUCCUUCUUCCCUCUCCCACUCCCCCAUUUGUUUUUUAAUAUGUGGUGUCUUCUUUAUUUUCGCAUUGCGACACAUUCUGUCAGCAUGCGGCGCGCCUUGGUUCUUUUCACUUUCUCUCUAUCCAACUUUCAUCUUUAUUCUUUCUUCGUUUAUACUCUCGCCAACAUCGAAGAGUGGAAUUCUAGGGCGAGGCUCAUCUUCAUCCGGACCUCAAGAAGAAGCAAAAACAGGUCGUGGAGCGAGCCAACAUCCUCAAAGAAGUUCAAAUAAUGCGCCAAAUCGACCAUCCCAAUAUCGUCAAAUUGAUCGAGUUCUCAGAGUCGAGGCAGUUUUACUAUAUCGUCCUUGAGCUUUGCCCUGGGGGCGAACUCUUUCACCAAAUCGUUCGGUUGACAUACUUUAGCGAAGACCUCAGUCGCCAUGUUAUCCUACAAGUCGCAAAAGCAAUAGAAUAUCUACAUGAACACUGUGGCGUUGUUCACCGUGACAUCAAACCUGAAAAUCUCCUGUUUUAUCCUGUUCCUUUCAUUCCAACCAAAAAUCCAAAACCACCUGCUCCUGGUGACGAAGAAAAAGCCGAUGAGGGCGAGUUCACUCCCGGUGUUGGGGGUGGCGGUAUUGGUCAGAUCAAAGUGGCAGACUUCGGUCUGUCCAAGGUAAUAUGGGAUAGCGAAACGAUGACGCCAUGCGGUACAGUUGGUUACACUGCCCCUGAGAUCGUCAAGGAUGAACGUUAUUCCAAAAGCGUCGAUAUGUGGGCUUUAGGCUGUGUCCUCUAUACACUGCUAUGCGGCUUCCCUCCAUUCUAUGAUGAGAGCAUCCAAGUCCUAACCGAGAAAGUCGCUCGGGGUCAAUAUACUUUCCUCUCUCCUUGGUGGGACGACAUCUCUAAACCCGCCCAAGACCUCGUCUCCCACCUGUUAACUGUCGACCCGGAAAAACGCUUCACCAUCAAAGAGUUCCUGCAACACCCGUGGAUCAAACAAACGAACGAAGAAACCCACGCGGCCGCCGAUGCGCCACCGCUCGCAACUCCCUCCGCCCUCCAUGCGCAAUUCCUAGAAACCCCCGCCGCAGUGAUGGAUCGCAAGAUGGAUUUCCGAUCGCCAGGGGCCAUCAAUCUCCGCGAAGUCUUCGAUAUCAGUUACGCCGUCCACCGCCAAGAAGAAGAAGGCAAACGACGCAACAAUUUCAAACAGGGCUUCCAUGCACCCCUCAACCCGCUCAAUGAAGACUUCGAUGAUGACAACAGCGAUAAUGACGAAGAUCUCGAGGGAAUAAUUUAUUACGAUCAAGAUAAACAUGCCGCGAAUCCCGCCAAGGUAGCGCCACGGGCGGGGCAUAACCCGACCGAAGUAGCAACCAUGGAGGCAAAGUUGAAAUCUACGAAUCUGAAUGCAACCGCUGCUACGCAACCCAGUGCGGCGGCGCAGGCGAGACAGCGUGAACAACAGCAACAGCGGCAGAGACAAGCGCCACGACAGCAGGGCGGUGGCGGUUAUGGGACGCAUAGUUCUACUGUUGCGGCGGCGGCGAGGGAGAAUGCAGCGCGGUCGGCGAGACAGCCGUUUGAGCUUAGUUUAGAUAAUGCGACGUUGUUGGGGAGGAGGGGCAGAAGGUUGCAGGGGCAGAAGGUUGUUUAAUGAUGAUGUUUUGUUUUUCUUUUUCUUUCCCUUCUUCUGUUGGAUUCUGUGUGGGUAUAUGUAUGGGAUGCUGAAUCUUGAUUGCGACUUGUCGUGUAUAGAUCUGGCUAGAUCUUGUCCUUGAAUUUCUUUUCCCCCAACCUCCCUUCUUACCUUGCUCUUGAUGCUGAUUUUUGACUCCGAUAUCGUCUCCCUGUCUCCCCCCUUUCAUGAUUUCCUUAUAUAUUCUAUGCCUGCACUACUUUCUUUUUUCCCCUUCCUCUAACGAUCAUAUUGUGCUGUUUUUGUCUAGCUUUUUGAUAUCUAUAUAUUAUCAUUUUAUAUAUACAGCUGAUAGCAUGACUCGCUCUUGUUAGUAGAAGGGUGGGCAAGGAAAAACAAGCGAUCUCUUAUGUUUCCCUCAACCCAAUCUCUACCCCUCCACGCGCUGUUAUCCUUUUCACCUCCUCCACUUCCUCCUAUCUGCCUUCCUUCCCUCGUCUUCUUCCUCCCCCCUCCCCCACCUCUCUCAUUUUUUCCCCCCUUGUAUUUGGUGUGACACCCGAGGCCACAGGAUCCACGGCACAGGGCAUAAAACUUAGUUUUUCACAUACUACGUUAUAAAUGGCAAGAAGCCUUGGGGGAAACCUUGGGAUGAUGGAUGGGCUCGGUCAGGGGCCAUAAGGUUUUUUUUUCCCCUUUUCUAUCUAGAGCAUGAGUGAGUUGAGGUGAGAUAUGGCUUAUGAGAAAGUUUCUCUGUUUCCUUUUCUAUUUUGUCUUUUUUAAUGUUUUUCUUAUAUGUAUAGGACAUAUACGGGGUCGUAUCGUAACUAGCUACCCCCCCUCCUUCCCCCCCAAUAUAUGAAAAUAAAAUGUCAUGGCAUAUCGUCAUACUUUUUAAAGUACUCCGUACUGUACAGUACAAUUUCUUCAUUGAAAC